AGCCAGAAGUUCACGAUGAUCCAGAUACUCAUAAUGAGCCAGAAGACAUCGCAGAUGACGAUGAGCUAUGGGAUACCCCUUUAUUAGAAUAUGUGGUAUUUGCAGGUAAUCCUUCACAGUCUCUCAAAAGGUUUACUCGUGCUGCUGUUAACACGUUUGGAGAAGAGAUGGAUGUCGUUAUAAACCGAAACAAGGACAUGUUACAACAGGUUGUGAGAAAGUAUAAACACCCAGAAUUUGAUAUCACAAAGCCCCUGAAUGUGUCGUUUGUUAAUGAGCCUGGUGUAGAUGCUGGGGGGUUGACAAGAGAAUAUUUUCACAUUCUAAUGGAUCGGUUGCAGAAGCAACUCGGUUCUCUUGAUUUGUUCGAAGGUCGAAAGGGACAUUUACUUCCAAUGCACAACUAUGAUUUAGUCUCGGGUGGCCUAUUUGUUAUGGUCGGAAAGAUGGUCUGA